GCCUUAUUGCAGUCAUCUAGUAUAUUCCGAGCCUCCAUCCCCGCAAAAAUGAGUAAAAUCCCUCCAAAUAUCACGGCAAGGGAAGCUGAGCAACACUGGUGGAUGUCUUCGCCCUCGGGCCGCGGAACAGCUGGUAUUCUAAGCUCUUGCCUAACCACCAUUCUUCUCUGCUGCUGGAACGCCGUUUGCCCAAAUGUUCCCGCACUGUCAGACUCGAAAUGGGACCAAUUUCACGACAAGGUCACGCUUGCUAUGAUUGCAUUUCUUGGGCCAGAGUUUCUGCUUGGGCUUGCCGCGGGCCAAUAUAGUUCAGCGAAGCGCUCGGCGAAGGCUUUCCAGAAAGCAAAGAUCAAAGACUGGAGCCUUACAUAUGCCUUCUAUGCAGACAUGGGUGGUAUGCUUCUAAAAAUCAAGUCUCGCAACAAUGGUCAGGAAUAUGACUUGGUAUUCCCUGUCAACUCAAAACAAGUUCUGUAUCUCAAAAACAAAGGCCAUAUAGACUGGCCGUGCGUUGAGGUGAGAGAUAUCGAUGACAAGAACAAGACGGAUGGUCUGGCUAGGCUGAUUACUGUUGUUCAGGCUAUCUGGUUCUUCGCAAAUACUAUUGCGCGUGCUUUUCAGGGCCUCGCAAUAACUACACUAGAGCUGACAGCAUUGUCGUUUGUUGUGAUCAUGUUCGGGACAUCCAUCUGUUGGAUACACAAACCAGCAGACGUUACAGUACCCACAAUUCUCCAAAGCUGUGUGACGCUUGAGCAUAUCCAUCUCGAUGCAAGUAAUGGCUUGUUGAAUUGCCAGUGGUUCCACACCCCUCUUGAUUUUGCAGAGCGGGAAGAGUGCGAGCUAAGCAAACUAUGGGCAUACUAUAAUUAUAUGCUAAGGAUCCUACAUCUACCGGUAUACUCUCAUCCAGUAACUGUUCAUGCUCACGUGACGGCCUCUUCAUAG